UCAAACAUGACUGAGUUAUUUUCAGAGAUGUGCCAAAAUGACAACGCCACCAACAUGUCAAAGUUGGACAACUGCUCUAUGGAUGACUUCAAGCAUGAUGUUUAUCCCCCAGUAUAUCUCCCAGUAUUUGCCUUAGGUAUCUUUGGAAAUGGCCUUUCCAUAUAUGUUUUCCUGAAGCUUUACAGGAAAAAGACUCCAGUGAAUGUUUUCAUGCUGAACUUGGCUAUUUCAGACCUCCUGUUUGUGUGGACUUUACCCUUCCGGGCCACCUACUACCUGAUGAAAUCUCAAUGGGUAUUUGGGGAUAUAUUUUGCAGGAUUGUGUCUUAUAGCUUUUAUGUUAAUAUGUACUGCAGCAUUUAUUUUCUAACUGUGCUGAGCAUUGUUCGUUUUGUGGCUAUUGUUCAUCCUUUCAAACAUUUGAAACUAAAUGCCAUCAAGUAUUCUAGAAUCAUAUGUGCGGUGAUAUGGGGUUUUGUGAUGACAGUUAGCAGCGUGAUGCUGUUCAAGGAACGCAUGGGCAAGGGCUACCCACACAAGUGCUUAGAUGUCCAAGAGGAGACUGUACCGAAGCUUCUCGUGAUGAACUAUAUUGUCCUGAUAGUGGGCUUCCUCCUCCCAUUUUGCACAAUAAUUUGCUGCUAUGUGCUUGUGAUCAAAGCUUUGCUUAAGCCCAGGGUUCCGAAAGCGAAGAUAAGAGCUUCUCAUAAGAAGGCAGUGUCAACCAUCGUCAUCACUUUAUUCAUGUUUCUGCUUUGUUUCCUGCCAUAUCACAUACUAAGAACUGUCUUCUUGCUGGAAAAGUGUAAGGCCUUUAUGGCCAACUGUUGCAAUUUGCUGACUAAAGCGGCAGUCAUCACUCAUUCCCUUGCUGCAAUGAAUAGUUGCCUAGAUCCUGUACUCUAUUACUUUGCUGGAGAAAACUUCAAAGAGAGACUCAAAAGUAUAUAUAAAAGGUAGAGGAUGAAGAAUCAAAUGGGCAUUCCUUAUUGGGAGUAUUUUCUAGUGAUCAAACCCCAGGACUUUGAAAGAUCAUGGGUCUUUUAAUCUAUGCCGCUGACUUGCCAUGUGACCU